AAACAAAUGCGAAAAAAACAAAAAGAGAAGACGCGAGGAAGAAAAAAAAGGACAGAAGGGGAGGCCUCGUUUCGCUCGCUGGCGCCGAGCCGCAUCCCCGUUUCGCAGCGAUCGGCGACGAACGAGGCCGCCGGGAGGUCGCCGCGGCGGCGGCAGGGAGGUGCCCGAUGGGCGACGAGAAGUCUCCGCUGAGCCCGAUGGGAAGCCGCGACGUCCGCGACCGGGAGCUCCUUAUCCCCGUCUCCGGCGGGGGUUCGGCUCCCGGAGACGGCGACGGGGACGGCGACAGGGCUGCCUCCUCCUCCGCCUCCGCCGCGCUCUCCUCCUCUAGCCGCGAGGCUUUUCAUAAGGUGGUCCGGAGUUGGGCUUCAAAGAAAUUCAUGACUGGAUGUGUAAUUCUCUUCCCGAUAGCCAUAACAUUCUAUAUCACAUGGUGGUUCAUUCAUUUUGUUGAUGGAUUCUUCUCUCCAAUCUAUGCUCAACUGGGAAUCAACAUAUUUGGUCUUGGCUUUAUCACUUCUGUUACCUUCAUAUUUGUGGUUGGAGUCUUCAUGUCAUCUUGGGUUGGAGCAUCUGUCCUUAGCCUUGGUGAGUGGAUUAUUAAGCGCAUGCCACUUGUCCGUCAUAUCUACAAUGCAUCCAAGCAAAUAAGUGCCGCAAUAUCACCAGAUCAGAACAAACAGGCAUUCAAGGAAGUGGUUAUCAUUAGGCAUCCUCGUAUUGGAGAAUAUGCAUUUGGUUUCAUUACAUCAUCAGUAUCUCUCCAGAGUUAUACUGGUCAAGAGGAACUGUAUUGUGUCUAUGUCCCAACCAACCAUCUUUAUAUUGGUGAUAUCUUCAUGGUAAAUUCGAAAGAUGUUAUAAGGCCAAAUCUUUCUGUGCGUGAAGGCAUUGAGAUUGUUGUAUCUGGUGGCAUGUCGAUGCCCCAAAUUCUAUCAACUCUGGACCCACAGACAAUUCUUGGGGACAGAACAGGAGCAAGCAGAAGCUGAGAUAUCUCCUCUGUUGCAACUUAACUAAAAUUUUCAGACUUUUAUGAGUACAGUGAACUAGAUCCUGAGCAUCAUGAUGUAUUAGUAGUCUGUCGAGCUCUAGGAUCACAAUGAUUCUGUAAAUUAUGUAGAAGUAGGUGACUCAUAUUCCUUGUUCAUCCGUCGGGAGUUUGUAUCAUGGUUUGCACUAUCUACACGCACUAUACAAGAGAAAAACUUCGCACUUGUAAUAGUAUUUUUUUUU